CUCCCCCACCCCAGCCCUUAUUUAUAGGUACACCCCCUCCUUCAACUAUCCACACUCUCUCACUCUCUGAUUCAUUCUCAUACUCACUCGGCGCUUGAAACCAUGGCUCUGUUGGUAGAGAAAACGACGAGCGGCCGCGAGUACAAGGUCAAGGACAUCUCCCAGGCCGACUUCGGGCGCCUGGAGCUGGAUCUGGCCGAGGUCGAGAUGCCGGGCCUCAUGGCCUGCCGGGCGGAGUUCGGCCCAUCGCAGCCCUUCAAGGGGGCCCGCAUCACCGGCUCCCUCCACAUGACCAUCCAGACCGCCGUCCUCAUCGAGACCCUCACCGCGCUCGGCGCCGAGGUCCGCUGGUGCUCCUGCAACAUCUUCUCCACGCAGGACCACGCCGCCGCCGCCAUCGCCCGCGACAGCGCCGCCGUCUUCGCCUGGAAGGGGGAGACCCUCCAGGAGUACUGGUGGUGCACCGAGCGCGCCCUCGACUGGGGCCCCGGCGGCGGCCCCGACCUCAUCGUGGACGACGGCGGCGACGCCACGCUCCUCAUCCACGAGCGCGUCAAGGCCGAGGAGAUCUACGAGAAAACCAGGCAGUUCCCUGACCUUGCUUCCACCGACAACGCUGAGUUCCAGAUCGUCCUCACCAUCAUCAGGGACGGCUUGAAGACCGACCCCUCCCGCUACCGCAAGAUGAAGAACCGUCUCGUCGGGGUUUCCGAGGAAACCACCACCGGCGUUAAGAGGCUCUACCAGAUGCAGGCCAAUGGCACUCUUCUCUUCCCCGCUAUUAACGUCAACGACUCUGUCACCAAGAGCAAGUUUGACAACUUGUAUGGGUGCCGUCACUCUCUCCCUGAUGGGUUGAUGAGGGCUACGGAUGUGAUGAUUGCCGGGAAGGUGGCUGUUGUGUGUGGUUAUGGUGAUGUUGGCAAGGGUUGUGCUGCUGCAAUGAAGCAGGCUGGUGCUCGUGUCAUCGUGACUGAGAUUGAUCCCAUUUGUGCCCUUCAGGCACUCAUGGAGGGCCUUCAGGUUUUGACCUUGGAGGAUGUUGUGUCUGAGGCUGAUAUCUUCGUCACCACCACCGGUAACAAGGACAUCAUCAUGGUUGACCACAUGAGGAAGAUGAAGAACAAUGCCAUUGUCUGCAACAUUGGUCACUUUGACAAUGAGAUUGACAUGCUUGGGCUGGAGAACUACCCUGGUGUGAAGCGCAUCACCAUCAAGCCCCAGACUGACAGAUGGGUCUUCCCUGAGACCAACACCGGCAUCAUUAUCUUGGCCGAGGGUCGUUUGAUGAACUUGGGUUGUGCCACUGGACACCCCAGUUUUGUGAUGUCAUGCUCCUUCACCAACCAGGUCAUUGCUCAGCUUGAGUUGUGGAAAGAGAAGGAUAGUGGCAAGUAUGAGAAGAAGGUUUAUGUUUUGCCCAAGCACCUUGAUGAGAAGGUGGCUGCACUUCACCUUGGCAAGCUUGGAGCCAAGCUCACCAAGCUUAGCCAAUCCCAAGCUGAUUACAUCAGUGUGCCUGUUGAGGGUCCAUACAAGCCUGCUCACUACAGGUACUAAGAUUGAGAUCAAGAUCACCGAUGGAGAGUUGGGGGGGGGGGAGGAGAAAUGGUUUUAUGAAACGGCUUGAUUGUUUGAUUUUACUUUUUGGGAAUUUUGGUGUUAGACAUGUGGUAGAAGAAAUGUAGUUUUCUGAUUUUCGUAGAACUUGUGUUUGAGUCGAUGGGAAGGGUAAAGAGCAAGGCAGCCUGUUGGUUUCUUUGAAAUGAAACCAAUUUGGUUUGAAUAAGGCGUGUUUUGUUUGGGGGCUGUGUGCAUUUUACUUUGACUAUUAAAAUUUGUGUUUCUUGUCCACCUUUUCAAUAUAUCAAAGCAAAAUAAGAAAAAAGUUUUUUCUUAUCCA